AAGUUCAGACCCGGGAAUUCCGAAGGCGGGGUCGGUACUGCCCGCGCGCGGAGACGGCGCCCCUCCUGGCCCCGGCUUCCUCGCUGUCAAACAGCCGCUGGAGCACCAGCCCUGGCCGGAGCCUGAGAGAUCCUGAGCUGCCGCACAGGCUGGCACUGCCCGGAGAGGGGACCGCUUCGAGACUGCACCUCGCGACUUGAAGGCUCCCGGAAUAUUCUGCAGCCUGAGGAUCUGAUUCAACUUCGUGCCAUAGGACAUCUUCGUCUUUGCACUAUACUGGGACCCUCACGAAAUUUUUCAGUUGGAAAACUGUUGACAGCCAAUCUUGCAUCGAAUCCUAGGCCCUUGCACUCUGAAUUUACACUAUUCGGGGAGCGUGCCCAAGGUUGAGAUUGCACAAAGCACAGUUCAACUCUGCAUCAGAGGGAAAGAGAACUUAGGCCAGCUGUGCAUGGCCCAGGAUUGGGAAGUGAUGGAUUCCUGAAGUGGAAGAGGUGGUGCAGAGGGGGCACCGCCCAUGCUGCCCUGCUUCCAGCUGCUGCGCAUAGGGGGCGGCAGGGGUGUCGACCUUUACACCUUCCACCCCCCAAGUGGGGCUGGCUGCACCUACCGCUUGGGCUGCAGGGCCGACCUGUGUGAUGUGGCCCUGCGGCCCCAGCAGGAGCCCGGCUUCAUCUCGGAAGUCCACGCGGAGCUGCACGCUGAGCGCCGGGGUGAUGACUGGAGGGUCAGCCUGGAGGACCAUAGCAGCCAAGAAAAUCAAACAGGACCAGAUCUCUCCACUUCUGACCCACCAUUUGUUUCUGUCGUUCUGUCUGGUGUCCCACCACCAACAGGGACUUUGGUCAAUAAUGUCCGACUCCCAAGGGGUCACAGGCUGGAGUUGAGUGAUGGUGACCUUCUGACCUUUGGCCCUGAAGGGCCCCCAGGAACCAGCCCCUCAGAGUUCUACAUGUUUCAGCAAGUCCGAGUCAAACCUCAAGAUUUUGCUGCCAUCACCAUCCCACGGUCCAGGGGAGAAGAGGGAGAAACCAGAGCUGGUUUCCGGCCUAUGCUGCCCUCCCAAGGGGCCCCCCAGCGCCCCCUCAGCACCCUCUCCCCCACCCCCAAAGCCACCCUGAUCCUCAACUCCAUCGGCAGCCUCAGCAAGCUCCACUUGCAGCCGCUCACAUUCUCUCGGAGUGGGAGUGGGCCGCAGAAUCCACCCGUUUCCACGACUCCUGGGGAAGUGAGGACCACCCCUUCGGCCCCACCCCCAAGAAACCGGAGGAAAUCCGCUCACCGCGUGUUGGCAGAACUGGACGAUGAGAGAGAGGCUCCCGAGAGCCUCCCACCCGUGCUUAUAGAGCCCAGGAAGAAACUGCUCCGUGUAGAGAAAACCCCACCGACACCCAGUGGAAAUCGUCGUGGGCGUCCUCGGAAGCACCCAGUGAGCAUCCCCAGGGCUCCCCCAGCAGCUGGGGGCGGGGAGCCCUGUGCAGCCCCCUGUUGCUGCCUACCCCAAGAAGAGACAGUAGCUUGGGUUCAGUGUGAUGGUUGUGACACCUGGUUCCAUGUGGCCUGUGUUGGCUGCAGCAUCCAGGCUGCCAAGGAAGCUGACUUCCGGUGCCCAGGCUGCCGUGUAGGCAUCCAGAGCUAGGGCGGCCACCAACACCAGAGGACAGAGCCGGCACCUCCAGGCCAUGGGGGGACAGGGAGUCCUAAGAGAUGCCUUCUUCUUCCCUUGCCUUCCCCUGGGGUGGUGGGGGGAUGAGUACAGAGGAAGGGUCCAUUGCUAUGGAUUAUCAAUUCAAGGCCCUUGUAGCCAAGGUGACAGAAGAGAUGGUUUCCUGCCAAAGAUACUGCUGCCUCCAGGAAGUUGCCAGUGAGCUGGAAAUCCCCACUGUUAUAAGCUGUUGUGGGUCCUUGUCAUGGACACUAGAAUGUGUGGUCAGGAGCAUUCGACUGCAGAGGGCCUGCCUGGGAGGGUGGCAGCCCCAGACUUGAGCAAGCAAGAUCUUAAUGGCAGCACCUAGCCUUCCUUACCUUGUGGAUAGUCCUGCCACUGACCAUGACUGUGACCUGACUUUUCAGAGCUUUGCUUCCAUUUCCGAAUAAAGAAUGAGCAGCUUCAUACACUCCAA